CACACGACGCGGUUCUUCGCUCGGCCGCCCGCCCGCGCGCCUCCGUCCCUUUGUCCUCCUUCUCGUGUUCUUCGUGGCCAUCACUCAAGCAACAGUCGCUGGCUCGCUUGCCUCUGCCUCGUCGGCAUAUAGUGGCUACUUAUGAUUGCAGCAGCAACGGCGAGAUAGCGUUGCGGGAGGAUGGCAGGCACGGGGUUCAGAGUGAACCAGGUCAUCGGCCGCCUCGUGCCUGUGCUCCUCCUCAUUUACGUCGGCUUUGCCUAUCACCUCGUCAUCUAUGAGCAUGCCUACAAGCACCAGUUUUUGACACACAAUCUCUGGCUCUAUCCCUUGGUCCACGUCUUUGCCACCCAUCUUGUCUUCCUCCCGGCUUUGUUCGCCUACCUCAGCAUCUUCCUCGCCUAUGGCGUCGAUGUUGAUUCUCAAGGAGAGACUCGAGAGGCACGCCCUUCCCCCGUCUCUCCCCUCCGCCGGCUGAUUGGUGCCCGGCUUCCCCGUCCCACGUUUGAGCCACCGCCCGAUAUCGUCCGCGGUCAUGUCCUGUACGAGUGCGAUGCCGAGGGCAAUCCUCUUCGUUGCUGGCGAGACGACUGCCAGGGCCGCUGGAAGCCGCCGCGAACACGGCACUGCGGCGAUUGUCGAACCUGUCGCGCAGGUCUCGACCACCACUGUCCCUGGUUCGAUGCCGACGUGUGCGCACCCACCACUAUGACACUGUUCCUCGGCUUCCUCGCCCUCGUCCCCAUCCUCUGCCUGCUUGCCUUCGCACCGCUCCUUCCCACCGUCUGGUCUCACACGACAUCCAUCUGGCGUUGGGCCAACGAGAGCGAGGCGCUGAGGGCAUCCUGGUGGUCGAGGAAGAAGUCCUGGAUCGGCGGGCCCAUGUACCGAUGGAUCAUUGGUUUCUACCUCGCCGCUCGCUCCUAUCCGGCUGAAGUCGAGGCCGAGUCCUCCAAGUCCAUUUACUUCUCCAGCCCCAACGCUCGACCGGCGCUCCUCGUCUUGCUUGCCGCUGGUCUCUCUUCUGUCACGAUUGGCCUUCUCUUCUUCACGCUCCUCAAUCUCGCAAAGGGCGAGCUCACAAUCGACACACAGCGCCGCAAAUCCUACCGAAAGGCCAUGGUCAGCGGCGAUGCCGCCGCGGCCGCUCGUCUUGCGCCCACGAGGCACUUUUGGAUCCCUCUGGGCGACGAGAGCGACGGUGGCGUCGUCGUGUCGACGCUGCCAGAGGAACAAUCGUACGAUCUGGGAAGCUUUUGGGAGAACAUGAAGGCCUUUCUUGGAUGGCCGCCAUACAGCCGAGACGUGCUUCUCACAAACUGGCCGAUUGCAAAAGGUGUUAAAGAGCGCAUGCUCAAGGAGGCACAAGCGAGAUCUAGGAAGAACAAUUGA